AUGUCCUGCUACGACCUGUACCCUUCCUCUGCCUGUGGCGUCAUCCGGCCCCAGCCCCUGGCUGACAGCGGGAACGAGCCGUGCGUCCGCCAGUGCCCCGACUCCACCACCGUGAUCCAGCCUCCCGCCGUGGUGGUCACCUUCCCCGGCCCCAUCCUGAGCUCCUUCCCGCAGGAUUCCGUGGUGGGAUCUGCUGGAGCUCCCGUCCUCCCGGCCUCUGGGGCCUCCCUGGGCUAUGGGGGCUAUGGGUCCCUGGGCUAUGGGGGUCUCUAUGGAUAUGGGGGUUACGGAUCCCUGGGCUACGGGGGUCUGUGGGGCUAUGGGGGUCUGGGCUCCUGUGGGGGAUACCGGGGCCUGUAUGGCUCUGGCAGAGUCUUUGGCUCUGGCUACUGCAGCCCCUACUCCUCCUGGUAUGGCCGCUAUGGCCGCGGCUUCUGGGGGAUCUGCUAAACCCUAUGGAAACGUCUUGGAGUAAGGAAUCACCGGCAAUGGAGAGAUACAAUCCUGGCCCUAGAGGAAGUGUUGUGACUACGGCCACCCCACUCCGGUGGAGCUGGAAGCACACAACUCCUCCUUAAUUCGUUCACUUUCUACUUGUCAUCUUCUGGGCUUUUUUUCCCAUCUGUGUGUGUGCAAUAUGUGGGAUAAAAUAAUCAUUUAUCUUCUUCUAAAAUGCAACUUCACUGUCCAACUGGAGAAGAGCAGCCACGGAAGGAGUUGCCUGUGAUCUGAUAUUCUUCAUACUCUGCAAUGCUUUUCUGUAAAUGCUUUUUUUUUUCAUUAAAGUGAUUCUGUUCUGCAAAAAACAAA